GCCAGAUCUGUACAGUACCACUUUGCUAAUGCACUCGGAAUGAACGUUUUACUUGCUUUGUCUUUGGUCCUUUAUGUGGCACUAAGUUUUGGGAUAACUGAAGCUGAUGAAAAUUAUGAAAAUUGCGUAAGAAAAGACGGAAUCUCUGGUGCUUGCGUUCCUUUAAAUAAAUGCCCAAGGAUCUUGCAACUCUUCAAUGAGUACAAGACUAUUUCAAACAAAGAUAAAUUAUAUCUUCGUAACUCACAAUGCCCAAAUAGAAAAAAGAACCAUGUCUGUUGCGAAGAAAUGAGUCCAGGCAUGAGAUUGCUGAAUGACCAAGAUUGUGGAUACUUUGGUGGAAAAAUCAAAACAGUCGGUGGUAACAAAUUAAAAUUAAUGUCCAGACCUUGGAUGGCUCUUCUUAGGCUUCAGAUAAAUGGCACAAGCAAAUUCGCAUGCGGCGGCACUCUAAUAACACCACGUUUUGUUCUAACUGCCGCGCAUUGCAUUGAAGGGAAUAACGAGUUCAAGCUAGUUUACGUGCGAUUGGGAGAACACAGCAUAUCUAAUAAAGAAGACUGCGAUGUGAUUAAUAAUCAGACAAGGUGUGCGCCGCCAUAUCAGGAUGUGCUCCCAGAACGGACAUUUACACACAAGGACUACAAUCAUUUUAGUGGGGUCAAUGAUAUAGCAUUGAUAAAGCUUUCUGAGGACGCAAGAACCACACGAAAUAUUCGACCCAUUUGCUUGCCCCUAAAUGAUACACUUCAAGAGUUGGCCGAAACUUUGUCAGAUUUCAGAGUAACUGGUUGGGGCUUUACCGAGGCCGGAAUUUUUUCUGAUGUUCCAACAGAAGUCGAAGUGCCUAGGAGAACUUGCCGACAAUCCUCACAAAGACAAGUAGAAUCUACUCAACUGUGCGCUGGUACCUUAAACAGGGACUCCUGUCGAGGCGACUCUGGUGGUCCCCUGUUCGAACUCACCGGCUUGUAUAAGGAAUCGCAGAAAUUCGUUCAGUUCGGCAUAGUUAGCUACGGCUCACAGCGCUGCGGCGAUGGACAUCCCGGUGUCUAUACAAACGUUGCCCACUUUAUGCACUGGAUAUCAGAUACAAUUGGCAACAACAACUAACUGUUGUCAUCUAUGACACACAUCUUCUAUGUAUAUAACUAUAUCUAUACAUUUAUGUACACAUGUUCAAAAAUAUUAUAUUAAAUAAAUUUA